ACUUUCCAUGCUGGGCGAAGACAUCUACGCCAACGCCGAGUCGCCCUUCGAGUUCGAGAACGAUUUCUUCAAGGGCAGGAUGCUCUUCCUCGUCAAGUGCAACCCCCCGGACCCCAAGUGGGCCGCUCAUUUCGAGGGCAGCAACAGCAACAGGGCUUUCGAGAUGCAGAUACAGGGGAAGCUCAAGCUGCUGCCCAAGGGCGAGGUGUACAUGGGGGGCGAGCUGGACGAGCGGCCGAAGCAGGGGCUGGUCACCCAGACCGUCUCCAAAAUCGUCAUGAGCUUCGCCAAGCAGAUGGUGAAGAGCCUUCACUACAGCUUCGGGGAGAGGCGUCCCCCGUCAGAUCCCCUCGACAUCGAGAAUCCGCACGUGACCUUCCCUCUGUACAGGGUGAUGGACUGGUUCGUGGUGACAGCAGAAGACGAGAAGCCCCCAACCCUAGGCGGUGCAUUGACGGAGUCGGCCGAGGAGAGGGCCGCAAGGAGAGGGGGGAAGAGCCCCGACAUCGUCUGGAGUACCGACGUCACCUAUACCAUGGCCUUCCAAAGCGGCAUCGUAAACUUUCAGGACUGGGCGGUGACGGGCGUCCCCGGCCAGGGUAACCUGGACCUCAACACGUUCCUGUGCAAGCAGCCGGUUAGCGUAGUGGUGUACGACUUCACGGCGGCAAACCCGUCCGCCGCGACGCACAAGGCCAGCGACAAGUCGUACAUGUUCAGAUGCACGAUAUCGAACGAUUCCCCAGGGCAGGUCGCCCGCCCGGCCUUAGCGGCGGUAGCGGCACAAGGACCCGGAGCAUCUCCAGCGGCGGCGGCAGGCGGGGUGGGCACAGAGAAGAAACAGGACGGUGGCGGAGUUGAAGAAUCGGAAGAUGGUGUGGGUUUAUCUGGGUCCUCCGGGGACGCGCGGGCGAGUGAGGUCACGACGGCCGGGAUAUUCGACCCUUCGGACGAACAGCCCGAGCAAGAUAAGGACAAGGAACGAGGAGGAAGGGCGUCUUCGACGGCGACGUGCGGGCUCCCGCGCCUCGACAGCACGGGAUAUCUCUCGCGGGCGAUCUCAGCCGGAGGGCUGUCGUCGGUGUCGCAGCUGGCGGCCCACAAGUCUUACUACGUCCCGGCGGUUGCCGCCCCGGACGAUAAGGAGGUCAGCGGGAAGGGCCUGGUCAAGAGUGGAGUUGUCCUCCCGCUCCUCAUGGGCGGAGUCGGCGAGAACCGAUUGCAGCAGUCGCCAACUCGCCAGAGCACCUCUACGUCCUACCACGACUUCCUCGGCGAGGGUAACGGGGGGCGCGUCGCUAUGAGGAGGGGUACUGCCAUGCCUGCCGGACUCCAGGUAGUGAAGGUGGGCGGAGGCGAAGGAACUUUCCGAUCGGACUACCUUUACGACGGCGAUGUCAUCGUUCUCCAUCACCCGGAGAGUCGGAAGUUCGUGAGAAUCGGCAGAGGGUGGGCGCUCGGAUGGUCUUCCAAAGCGUCAGCAUCGAAGAUUCACUUCGUCGUGAGCGGGAUAGAGCCGGGCCGUCCCCUUGCCCACGGGCAGGCGUUCUUCCUUAGGUCUAGGAAGUGGCCGGACUGGAAAGUGGGGGUCGCGCAGCAGACGUCAACCAAGGUUGGGGGCAGGGGACUCGGGUGCUUCAACGAGGGGAAGCGGCGAAAUACAACUCGUCUCUCUCUCCUCACUCUCGUGGCGAGGCCUUGGUUUGAUCCGGACAAGGAGGGCGUGAUCCCGGCGCUGGAGGCAGAGGCAGACGCGAUCACUAUCUCGGUCAGGGGUCCGUUCGAAGACUUGGUUUCGGGAGAGGACGAGGAAGACGAGGAAGAAGAAGAAGAUGAAGACGCCAAGUCUGAGGUGGAUGAGGGCGAGUACGACUCCGACGUCGACCGCACGGAGGUGGACCGAGGGCUCAAGACCCAGACCUCGCUCGCCGAAGACGGAAUCUCAGCCAAGGCUGCACGCGCGAUGCGGUGCUACCCAGAACAUGUUACCUCUCUCCGGGUGAGCGUGCCCGCCUGGGUGGAGUUCCUGCACCGUGAAAGGCGCCAAGGCCAGUUGGCCUUCCUCCUCGCCGUCCACGCCACCGUCCCACCGCCCCCGUCGUCGACGUCGUCAACCCCGCCACCAACGGCACCGAUGUCCGCCACGACUGCCACCGCUGACAAGACUAGCGAGCCUUCCGAGGCUUCGGCCGGCAAAGCGGUUGUGGGUACCCCCGCGGACAACCCCACCAGCAACGGAUCCCCCACCAAGACCGCUGUUGCUGCUGCACCAGGGGACGGUGCGUCCGUGUCCCCUUCCCGGGGGAAGCAGCCGCCUGCGCCCGCCUGGACGUGCGUGAGGACGGGCAGGGAGCUGGCUGGUGCCGUGCAGGCCUUCCGGGAGAACGUCGCCGGCAGCGUCGCGGCGGGGACGUGGCGACCGAGGCCGAGGCCCAGAGUGAUCAAGCACAUGGGCACGGCGGACCAGAGCGUUCGGCUGUUGAACCACGAGAUCUCCGAGAUGCAGCGAUGGGAGGCGUCCUUCAGGGGCGUGGAUGGUAGCGCAGCAUCCCCUCCCACGAAGGCUGCCCCUUCCCCCGGCUCUGCCGACACUCUCGAGGCUGACCCGGACAGCGGUACCGCUACAGGAGGGAUACUUUCGGACGGGGAUGGCAACGUGUCGUCCCCGCCCCGCCUCCGCUCUUGUGCAACCGACCUGGGAAGCAGACACUCCAUCUCCUCGGCUGGUCUCGGUGCCGAUUCGGGAGCCAAGAGCGGUGUGACUACUGCUUCUUCUAGUGCCCCGACCACGCCAGUACCCGAAGGCGUUUCCACGGACGUUGGGAGUCAAGGAAGGGGGGUGACUGCGCCGUACCGGCUGCUCUGCGAGUCGAUUACCUUUCCAGGGGAGCUGGACCGUCACUUCUUGAGCGGCUCGAGCGCGAGCGACGUCGGCGUGACGGUGAUGAUUUCGAGCACCCUGCCGAUCCUCGGCUCCGCUGUGGCGCGGUGUCUGUGGGAGUCGCAUUGGCGAGAGGAGUGGGCGGUCUUGCUCCCGUCGCAUGUGGCCUGCUACAUGCCGCUGUCCAAGAAGCCGGCGUGGGUGCUUCAGCUUGGGGCCCUCCACAAGGCGUCGGCGGUGUCCGACGAGCGCUGCCCUCUCCCCGGGCUCCGCUGCCUCUGUCUCGAGACCGUCGGGCGCGCGCACUACCUUUGCUUCACCAGCCGCACCUCGAGGGACACCUGGCUCGCGGAGAUUUUGCGACUCUCCAAGGGUGGCAUCGUAGACUCUCCUUCCGCGCUGGAGCUGAGCCAGGACCCGCGAGAAAUGUACGUGCUCAAGACCGCUCAGUGGCGGAUGCCUCCGAGGCUUGUCCUUAACGCACGAAGGCCGGUUUUCGAUCUCUCUGAGGACGUCCUUCAGAAGGUCGUCAUAGAUGAGCAGCAGCAGCAGCAGCAGCAGCAGCAGCAGCCGUGGGUGCUAGCGGCGGAGGCGCUGCGAUCUGCCUUCAAGGUACCGUUCCUCGACCUGGCGUCCGCGUUUCGCAAGGUUGACCUCAGCCGGCUGGAUUUGGACUCCGACGAGGCGUUGUGCUUCUUCGGCAAUCUAUACCACCUUCUCGUGAGGCACAUGCUGCUUGUCCUGGGUGCUCCCUCUUCUGCCAAGGAGUGGCCAUCGAGGUUUGCUGAGGUUUCCUACGAAGUAGGCGGUGACGUGUUCUCGCUGCAGGAGCUGGAGCAUUGCGUGCUGAGGGGAAAGCUGCCGAGGCCGAGCCUCAAGGACUUGCCGAAGCGGUUCGCGCCCCUUCCUCCCGAGCUGGACGACCACUACGCCUACAAAUUGGGAAAGGCGGACGCACGGAUCAGUUUGUUCUUGAACAACGCGUCGCAGUCGAACCCCACGUCGGUGGUUCUCUUGUCUCCAGAGAAAAUCGACGAGCAGCUAAACCACGCGUGCCAGGCGUUCGUCGACCACACGUUUAAGACGGACUUGAAACGGAGACAGAUCCUGGUGCACAAGGUGUUCCAGCUGUACGCGAGAGACCUCCAGCCCCGCGCGACGUCCACGGACAUGGUCCGGUACGGCCUCCGCUUCGCUGGGAAGGCAGUCUUUCACGGCCUGUCGGCCCUCGAGGUCAACAUCUCCCAGGCGCACAUCAGGACUGACCGCAGUCGUACCCCCGUGCUCUUGAAGAAUAUGUAG